UUUGUGAGUUCGAGAAGGUCUAAUAAGCAAGCAUCCAUUUAACAAAAUUGCAAAUUUGCAACAAGAGGAUCUCGUCUUCCAUUUACGAAUUUAUCAGUUGCCGUCUCCUCUCGAUCUAAUCUAACCACCUACACUUCAAUUAUUCCAUUCGACGAAUUUAAUGUUUUAACACUCUGUUUCAUCAUCCUUUUGAAUUCAUGUUAAUGCGUGCGCGUGUCUGAGAGAUCUAAUCGGAGAGGAAUUAGUUGAUUCCGGAUUUGGCGUGCAGAUGGCGGGGCAACCUCAGGGACCGAACAUGGAUCAAUUCGAAGCUUACUUUAGGAGAGCAGAUUUAGAUGGAGAUGGCAGGAUUAGCGGAGCUGAAGCUGUGGCUUUCUUUCAAGGAUCCAAUUUGCCCAAACAAGUUCUUGCUCAGAUAUGGACAUAUGCUGAUCAGAGUCGCAUUGGCUUUCUUGGUCGGGCAGAAUUUUACAAUGCUCUCAGACUUGUGACCGUGGCACAGACUAAAAGAGAACUGACACCUGACAUUGUCAAGGCAGCAUUAUAUGGCCCUGCUGCAGCUAAAAUCCCAGCACCGAAAAUUAAUCUUCCAGCCACUCCUGUGCUGCAUGUGCCUCAGGUAAACCCAGUGGUUGCAGCAUCUGCCCCACAGAUGGGCACAGUGGCCCCAACAGCAUCUCAAAAUCCUGGCUUCAGAGGCCCAGGAGUUCCAAAUCCUGGUAUGAACCAGCAUUACUUUCCUCCUCAACAAAGUCCAUCAAUUAGACCACCUCAGGCGAUCCAACCUGGAGCUUCUUCCCAUCCCCCUCAGGGCUUCAUUAGUCCAGAAUUCUCUAGAGGAGGUGGUAUGGUUGGUAAUUCUCAGGCUAUGCCUACAGGUACUGCUCCACGUCCCUCUCAGGCUAUGCCUACAAGUACUGCUCCACGUCCCUCUCAGCUCAUGCCUAGUUCUGCUCCUGGCACUAGCAUCCCAACCUCAAACAUCUCAACCAGUUGGCUUGGAGGAAAAACUAGUGCAGCUAUGACAGGCCCUCCUUCUACACCCAGUGCUACUAUGCAGCCACGAGCUCAAGUUUCUAUGCCAUCUCAGCCAACUGCGAAUGAUUCUAAAGCCUUAGUUGCUUCUGGGAAUGGGUUUUCCACUCACUCGUCUUUUGGAAGUGACGGGUUUUCUGCAAUCUCUUCAACCAGAAAACAGGACCUUUCCAUCCCUACUUAUUCUACCACUGGUCCAUCAGCCUUAGCAACUGCUGUUCCAGCUUCUACUGGGGUCCAUCCUCCUGUUAAGUCCAACUCACUUGAUUCACUGCAGAAUGCUUUUGCAACGCAACCUCUAGGUGGUCAGCUUCAACGAGCCCAAUCGCUCCCAACUUCAGGCCAGCAGGUUUCUACUUCAACUUCUUCUUCACUCACCUCGCCUAGCAUGUCAGUUGGAAUUGGAAAUUUGUCUGAUAAUUCGCAGCUUCAGUGGCCAAAAAUGAAAGCUUUGGAUAUUCAGAAAUAUACUAAAGUUUUUAUGGAAGUAGAUACUGACAGAGAUGGAAGGAUCACCGGUGAGCAGGCACGGAAUCUAUUCUUGAGUUGGGGGCUUCCACGUGAGGUUUUGAAGCAGGUAUGGGACUUAUCUGAUCAGGAUAGUGAUAGCAUGCUUUCUUUGAGGGAAUUCUGCUUUGCUCUUUAUUUGAUGGAGCAGUACAUGGCCGGUCGCUCUCUUCCAUCAUCGCUUCCAAGUAAUGUUAUGUUGGAUGAGACACUUCUGUCCAUGACAGGUCAACCAAAAGUUGCUUAUGGAAAUGCAGCAUGGGGUCCUAGACCUGGUUUUGGAAUGCAGCCUGGAAUGGUUACUCAACCGAUAGCUCCUGCCACUGGUUUGAGGCCCCCAGUUCCAGUGACUGCCCCCCAAGCCAAGCCUGAUGGAGUCAUGAUAUCUAAUCAGCAGAAGCCAAGGGCACCUGUUUUAGAGGAUUCCUUUAGGAACCAAAGUGAUGAGGGGGUGCAGAAUUCAUUGCCUCAGGAUGGAACAGUGUCAGAGAAAAAGGUUGAUGAACCAGAGAAGGUUAUUUUGGAUUCGAAAGAGAAGAUUGAGUUUUAUCGCACUAAAAUGCAGGACCUUGUUCUUUACAAAAGCAGAUGCGAAAAUAAGCUGAAUGAGAUCACAGAAAGGGCAUUGGCAGAUAAACGUGAGGCAGAGAUGUUGGGCAAGAAAUAUGAAGAGAAGUACAAGCAAGUUGCAGAAGUUGCAUCUAAAUUAACUAUUGAAGAGGCCACAUAUCGUGAGAUUCAGGAGAGGAAGUUUGAGUUGAAUCAAGCAAUAGUUAACAUGGAACGAGGUGGAAGUGCUGAUGGCAUUCUUCAGGUCCGUGCUGAUCGUAUACAAUCUGAUCUUGAUGAGCUAAUGAAGGCUUUAACUGAACGUUGCAAGAGACAUGGGCUAGAGGUUAAGUCAACUGCAAUUAUUGAGCUUCCUAUUGGCUGGCAACCUGGAAUUCAAGAGGGUGCAGCUGUUUGGGAUGAAGAAUGGGAUAAGUUUGAAGAUGAAGGAUUUGCCAAUGACCUCAUGCUUGAUAUGAAAAAUGUUUCUGCUCCUAAUUCAAAAUCCACCAUUCAAGAUGGUAGUCCAACCCAUGAUUCUUUAUCAAAUGGUGAUGACAAGUCUGGGAAUUUCUCGCGUGUCGAUGGACAUGGCAUAGAGGGUGAAUCUGUUUACAGCCACAGUGAAGAUGAAUUGGCGAGAAGCCCUCAGAGCAGUUUAGCAGGAAGAAAUGCCCUAGGAAGUCCAUCUAAGGCAUUUUCAGAUGUUUUUGCAAAGAGUACUGAUGCAGAUGCAGAAACGCAUAGAAGCUUUGAUGAAUCAACAUGGGGUGCUUUCGACACUCAUGAUGAUACAGACUCAGUCUGGGGAUUUAAUCCUGCUAGUACUAAGGAUUCAGAUUCUGACAAGCAUAGAGAUUUCUUUGGAAUUGAUGAUUUCGGUAUAAAGCCAAUAAGAACAGGAUCCCUAUCCUCAGAGAGUAUUUUUCAGAAAAAGAGUCCAUUCUUUGAAGACUCUGUUGCUGGAUCGCCGAAAAAGAGCCCAUUUUUUGAAGACUCUGUCGCUGGAUCACCGAAAAAGAGCCCCUUUUUUGAAGACUCUGUUGCUGGAUCACCAAUUGCCAGGUUUGGCAACUCUCCAAUGUCCAGGUUUGCCAACUCUCCCAGAUACAGUGAAGCAGGGGAUCACUUUGAUAAUUUCUCAAGAUUUGACUCCUUCAGCAUGCAUGAGGGCAGCGGAUUUUCUCCACAGGAGGGGCUUACAAGGUUUGAUUCGAUAAACAGCACAAAAGACUUUGACCAUAGUCGUGGCUUCUCUUCUUUUGACGAUGGUGACCCAUUCGGCUCCAGUGGACCAUUUAAGGUUUCAUCUGACGGUCAAAAUCCAAAAAAAGGUUCAGAAAAUUGGAACGCUUUCUAGCUGACAAUCCAAUUGUCUAUUAUUUUUCUUUCUAAUUUCCCUCCCAAUUUUCUUUUUCAUUGUAGCCAUGUAUUUUUGUUUGUGCUGUAUAGAUUUGGUUAAGAGCUGGACUGUUGUAAAGUUAUUCGGCACGGCCGUUCAGCAUUUUUGUGUGGAUAUAUCAUUUUUUUUUCUCUUUUGGCCACGUUGAAUAAUAUAAUACUUUGUUUUUCUAAGCAACAAACUCUGGAGAGGACCUAUGAGAACUUGUAAGGAUGUGCAAACAAUAGAAUUGGAGUUUAUGCUGUGUUUGCUUUUCAGUUUCA